GGAAACUUUAUUGAAAGGCAGGUUUUUUCUUCUUCUUUUUUUACAGGUCAGCUGCAGCGUUGUCAUGCAGAAGAACAACACUCUUCUAGAUAGCGAACAGAAGGUAUAUAUUCAAAGGUGUAUUAAUACACACAAGACUUUGAGCGAUGCCAGACGUUGAGCCACUCAGAUUCCCAUCAAGGGAAGGACGACCAAGUCAACAAGAUCAAGCAGAUCUUCAAGCCGUCUGCUCUGGUAGACGUCGCACAUGUGCUUUGCUUAACAGUCCCUUGCCAUGUGUCAACAAUGCCGUUUACCAUAUCCAAGAGCUGAAGAUGACGGUGGAAAAUUGGUGUCAACAGUCUGGAAAAUAUCCGCCAAAGAUCAAUCAGGACAAGCAUCAAUACAGCAAAACUUUAAGAUUUCAGUCCAGAGACUCGGAUACUGAGUUGGUGACAUCUACGGAAUUGUUCGUCGAAGGCAUCGCAAUUAGUGCCAGAGAAAGUUGUCCUUUGUCGCCACUAUUGAAGAAAAUAAAUGAUGUCCUGGGAGAGGUUGUGUAUCUGAUUGAACGGCUGGAGGCUGAUCGGCAGUAUGCAGAGGAAGCUCUCCACAAAGAGAAGAGAAGAAAAAGAUUCUUGGAGAACCAAGUCAACAGUAUUUCACUUUGGAAGCAACAAGAGCACUCUUUUUUAGUCCAAAAAGAGCACGAGGCAUGCAUUAGAGAAAUCACUGAACUGAAGUGGCAGCUAAACCUGGAGAGAGAGAAACUUGACCAUGCUCAGGAGAAACUGUCACACACUGAGGUGUGGAACCAGAGUUUACACGACGACAUCAACUUUGCCAAAAAACAAAUUCCCAUCGUAAAAGAAAACCUGGAGCGACAGAGAGGAAUUAUAAAUCAAAUCAACAACGCACAAGCUGAGGCUGAUGAAGUAUACUCAAAAACACAAAUGGAUCUCCUACUGGUUGAGAAGGAGAAAAGAAAGAUGGAGCUGGACACCAAGAAGGAAAAGACAUCACUGGAUUCUUUACUGUUGGUGACAAAGAAUCAGCUGGGUGACAAAUUGGGAGAUUCAAACCAGUUGAAGAUGCUCAAGGAAGGUCUACAGGCAGUAAUAAAGAAUGCCGAAAAGACGAUUGCACUUGCAGAAGAAAAGUGUGCAGCCACAACACAACGUUUCUCUGAAAUGAUGGAGCUCGAGAAAACUGAAGAAGACCGUAUUCUGCCAAUGAAACUUCAAAUUGAGGAUGAAAUGCGAAAGAAUAAGAAAUUAAAAGAGAAAGUGAUUGCGCUGCAAGAAAACAUUGAGAAAACCAGACGUCACGGGGAAGCAGAGGUUUCCUGCAUAGAAGAGCAGCUCCUUUCAAAACGUAAUGCUUUUGCAGCUCUUCGUACAGAAAACAUGGAGCAUGAACAGAAUGUGGAAGACUACAAGAUGAAAACUUCAGAGAGCGAGGAGGCAGUGAAGCAGAUGCAUGAGGAGAGGAAGCAGAUGCUCCAGAAAAUCAUUGACAAUGACGAGGAGUGGGAAAAGGCCAAGGAGGAAGUGACCCGGGUUGUAGCUCAGCACAGUGUCACCCAGACUAAACUGGAAGAGCAGGAGCAGCUCACCUCCAAGGAAGAACAGAGGGCCGGGGAUGAGAUUGAAAGCCUGAGGAAAGUUCUGACAGGUCAGAUGACCGCCCUGGAACUGCUGAAGGGUCAGUGUGCAAAUACAAAAGAAGAAAUGUAUCGACAGCAAAGGAGCUCAGAGCUGACUAAACAAGAACUUCAGAAAGAAUUUGAAGAUGCAUCCACAGCAACAAAAGAACUGGAGACACACGUUGUGAAAAUCAAGAAAUUGACAGAACAUUUGAAAAAGAUUCAGAGUGAACACAGGAACACAGUAGUCAACCUUGAGAAGGAGAAAGAACUCCAAUGUGACCACCUGAAAGCUGCUCAGGAUUUAAACGCUGCCGUGUUCAAGAGAUAUGACGACACCCUGGGCAGGAUCAGUGACCUCACGAAGAAGAGCGGAGAAUACCGGGAUGCUUCAGACAAAAUGGAAAAAAGAGUCGAAAUCAUGUCAGAAGUCAUAGCAGAACUUGAAAGGGUUUUUGAUGUGGUGGAAUUCAAAAACAAGUCAGCUGCACUCGUAAUGAGCACCUUGCAGUCUGAUAUUAAUAACUGCCAACAACGAACACAGCGAUCCAUGCAGACACACACCGCUCGUGUUACAGCAAGAAAGAAGGAAAUGGAAGACAACAAGGUAGCACUAAAAUUUGCACUGAAGGAGAACAAACGGCUGGCAACUGAGUACGAAGGUCUUAAGAAGAUCCUCAUGGAGGCCAAACAAAAGGCAGUGUCUGCACUGAGCGAGAAAAACCGCGCACAUAAAUCUUUUCAUUUUCACACACAGCUCUCUUUGUUGCAGAAGAGGAUGCACAGAGCUUUGGUGAAAUACUUCAAACAACGCAGCCUCUACGGCCAGGCUGAACUGGACCGGUGCCAGGCUCUCUCUCAAGAGACCGACCAGAAAAUACAAACAGCCCAGGAGGGGUUGUCAGCAGAAAGUCAGCUCAUCUCUGCGUUCCUGCAAUCCUUGACAGAUGACUCUACUACCACUGAUGAUGCCGGGGUGAACAAACAAGCCAGUCCAGGAUCGAAUGAGUAGAUGCCUUCAGUUCAAAUAGCAGUGUAAUUGGACAUUCACCUGUACCAGACAACUUACUUACUUACCUUAGCACGCUUCACUAUUCCCCCCCCCCCCCCUCUUUACUUGCAGCGAAUCCAUAACAAUGAAACAGGUGACUUUCAUGCUGCUGUCAGGACUGAUCUAAUUUUAGCUGGGUGAAUGAUUGCAAUUGGCUUUGCCUCAUCAGAUAAUUAAUCUAUGUCACCAUUAAUUGGAAAAGAGAAUAAUUACAGGCAGUGUUGACAGAAAUUCUACGCUUCUCCAGAUUCCAAGAUCUAAUUACAACUAGUGAAACCCCGUGACCUUAACUAGCACUUAGCACACCUUGGCCACCUUGACCGUGUCCAUGUGAAGACCACUGUCUCUUGAAAAGACCCCUGUUUUUGUUCGCGCUCCCCGCUCUCCUCACUCUCCGAGAGCUGUCUCCCUCAAUCACUUUUCAAUAUUCAAUCUUAAUUUUGUGGAAGUUUAGCAUUUUCAAUGAGCUGGAGAUGAAUGAUUAAUGAAUAAAUUUGAAUGCUUCAUUUUGUCCAUGGAUCAUUAGUUAAGUCCUUUGUGGGAAGGACCUGAGAAAGGAGUGAAAAUUAUUGAGACAUUAGCCUGAAGCAAUCCAGGGGUAAAUAGUGUGCACGAAAGGAUGUUGUGUGCGCACGAUGCACUGGCGUUCUAAAGAACCCUGGGGAAACGCUGUUUUCAAUUUGGAAUCUUAACCCAAUCACAUUUAUAGAAAAUAGUUUUUUAGUUUCAUCAUGUUUCAACAAUGACACACUAAUGGUACACAACACUACCGCCUGCUCCAUAUACAGCAGACUUUAAAAGUUACAUAUGAAUGUUUCUGCAUAAAGAAUAGUCUCAUCUGACUUAUUACAUAUUGUUAAUUUACAUAAAAAAUAGAAAUAAGUAAAUAAUAAUGGUCAUAUCUUUCCUGAAAGAGCACACAUGCUGUGGAUUUUCUCAAGGUCGAUGCUCUUCGACGGCUCCUUUAGAAACAGUGUUGCCCUCUCCUUCUGUCUGUGUCUGGUUGAUAGAGAUGCUGUUGUUUUGUUGAUACGCUGGAUGCCUCUCUCACUCGUGGGGACAGAAGGGGGCAGUGUGAACACAACAACCUUAGAGAGACAUAGUUGACUGCAACGCAGAUCGGUCUAGUGUCUUAACAUGGCCGUAGCGUUUCACCUCAAAUCAAUGAUUAUUGUUAUUAUUAAGUCAAACUGGAACAUUUUGAAAUACUUUUGGCUGAAAACAAAAGUAUUCACACGUUCAUACAUGUCGUCUC